AUUCACCACAGCCGCUCAACAUCGCCCCGAUGGAGCAGACCCCGCGGGCCUCGAAGGCACAGAGAACGGACACGACAACCGCAGAGAUAUCGGAGAUAUCCUCCAACAGAUUAUGACGAUUACCGACCAAAGUUUAGACGAAGCUCAAGCAAAAAAACACGCUCUGAACUGUCAUCGUAUGAAACCGGCCUUAUUCAGCGUCCUGUGCGAAAUUAAAGAGAAAACUGGUCUUUCCAUGAGAAAUGUUCAGGAGGAGGAGCCUCCUGACCCACAGCUCGUACGAUUAGACAACAUGCUGCUGGCUGAAGGUGUGGCCGGGCCAGAGAAGGGGGGCGGAGCCGCAGCGGCAGUAUCUGCUGCGACCAGCUCUGGCGGGAUGUCCCCUGACAGCUCAUUGGAGCACUCCGAUUAUAAAAGCAAGUUGAGCCAAAUUCGGAACAUUUACCACACAGAGCUGGAAAAAUACGAGCAGGCCUGCAGUGAGUUCACUACCCAUGUUAUGAAUCUGCUGAGGGAGCAGUCUCGCACACGGCCCGUGUCUCCGCGUGAGAUCGAGCGCAUGGUGGCCAUCAUUCACCGCAAGUUCAGCUCCAUUCAGACGCAGCUCAAACAGAGCACCUGUGAAGCCGUCAUGAUUCUACGCUCACGUUUUUUGGACGCCAGGCGUAAGCGGCGUAAUUUUAGUAAACAGGCCACAGAGGUUCUGAAUGAGUAUUUCUAUUCACACCUCUCGAACCCUUACCCAAGUGAGGAAGCCAAAGAAGAACUAGCCAAGCAGUGCAGUAUCACUGUGUCUCAGGUGUCCAACUGGUUUGGCAACAAGAGGAUUCGUUAUAAGAAGAACAUUGGGAAGUACCAGGAAGAGGCCAAUCUGUAUGCCAUGAAGACAGCCUUAGGGGCGACACAGAGCGAAGACUCACCCCACACUCCAAACUCCACUGGCUCAGGGUCAUUCUCUCUGUCAGGAUCAGCUGACUGCUUUCUAGGGGUUCCACCAAUGAACGGCGAGCAGCCUCCGUAUCACAUGGGAGCUCAGGACGCUCAAUCGCGAUUCUCAGAAAGACUGUAUAGUACCAGAGAGAGCCGGACUAAUGGGAACUGGCAAGAGCAGAACUCGCCACCGUCCGCUGCUUCACCCGGAACUGAUCACUCUGACAACUCCGACUGAUGACGUCCAGCUCACAGAGACGAAAGAAUGAUGCUCACUCUUCUACCCAACUGCAGAUUUACUUUUCUUCUUAUUUUUAUUGGACUUCACAUCGAGCCUCAUUCAUAAAGCAGAGAUUUACAUGUAGAUCCUUCAUAAAUGUGUUCUUAUGCAAAUUAUUGCAUUUCAUUCAGUGCAAUCGUUUACAUAAGAAAAGGCCUUGUUUAUGAAGCAUGCAUUUGUGUAAACUGCUUGUAAAAUUAUAAUAGUAUAAUAAUUAUAAUAAUAGUAUAAUAAUUAUAACGAAAUAGUUUGAGCUGAACCAUUAUUUGGAAUAAAGGUUUGUUUUUAACCCCUUUAUAGGACACUCAUUGAAAUAAUCGCCAGGAAAAACCCCGGAGCAUUACUAGGGGUUAUUAUUAUUAAUAUUUUAAUGAUUUUUAAAGUAAUAAUUAAAAUAAUUGUAAUACUUUUGAACUUGUGAGAUAAAAAGUGAAAAGUAUAUUAUAAACUUAAAUUAAAAAUGAUUAUAAACUAUAUCUCAAUGACGUUACCAUAUAUGGUUCCUUGCCCAAUAAAGGGUUAAUACGUUUUGAUUCUCUCAUCAAGGCUGCAUUUACGUAAUAAAAAUAUAAUAAAUAUAGUGAAAUAUUACUUAUUACUAUAUUACUAAUUUACUAAUGUGAUGCAGAGCUGAAUUUUCUGCAUUAUUAUCAGUUUUCAGCUUGAGGUAUCUGAUUUCAGUUAAUCUGUUUUCAGUUUCAGUGAUCAAUUUUCAGCAUCACAUUAUCCAGAAAUCAUACUAAUAUGCAUAUUUUAUGUUCAGUUAUUUAUUAUUGGUGCAUAAGAGCUCAUAUAAACAGUUUUACUUUACUUUUCAUUAGGUAAAUGUAGCCUUUGUCUGAGCCAAACAAUUAUUUGGAAUGAUUAUGUUUUUAACCCCUUUAUAGGACACUAUAAUCGUCAGGAAAAACCCUGCAGGGUUACUGGGGGUUAUUACUUUUUUAGUUAUUUAAAAUUACUUAGAAAUUAAGUAAUAAUUAAAUAAAAUAAUUUUAAGACUUUUGAACUUAAGACUUAAAGUAAAAAGCAAAUUAUAAACAAUCUCAAUAAAGUUGCCAUGUAUGGUUUCUUGCCCAAUAAAGGGUUAAAUGUUUUAAGUCUGUCGUCAAGCCUGCAUUUAUGUAAUAAAAUAUAGUGAAAUAUUCCUUAAAUAUCUUACUUAAAUUUAAAAUCUAUUUAAUUUCUGUGAUGCAAAGCUGAAUUUUCAGCAUUAUUAUCAGUUUUCAGUUUCAGGUACACUGAAAAAAAUGAUUCAAAGAUGAUUCCUUGCAUUUACUUAAUUUUUUUACGUUAAGUGGUUGUAAACUAUUUAUUUGGGCUGAAUUUAAACACAAAUUAAGUUGAACACUGCUCAAUUUAAUUUGUUUGUUUAAAUUCAACACAAAUAAAUAGUUUGCAACAGUUUUGCAUGCAACACUUUUUUCAGUGUAUCUGGUUUCAGUUAUCUGUUUUCAGUUUCAGUGAUCACUUUUCAGCAUCACAUUAUCCAGAAAUCAUACUAAUAUGCAGAUCUUAUGUCCAGUUAUUUAUUAUUGGUGCAUAAGGUUUUUAUAAACUUUUUUCACUUUACUUUCCAUUAAAUAAAUGUAGCCUUUGUCUAAGCCAAACCAUUAUUUAAAAUAAUUAUGUUUUAACCCCUUUAUAGGACACUCAUUGAAAUGAUCGUUUAAAAAAUCCCUGCAGGGUUACUGGGGGUUAUUACUUUUUUUUUUAAUUACUUAAAACUUCUUAAGUGAUAACUAACUGAAAUACUUUUAAGGCUUUUGAACUUAAGACUUAAAGUAAAAGAUGUAUUUUAUAAACAAUUUCAAUAAAGUUACCAUAUAUGGUUUCUUGCCCAAUAAAGGGUUACAUGUUUUAAAUCUGUCGUCAAGCCUGCAUUUAUGUAAUAAAAUAUAGUGAAAUAUUACUUAAAUAUUUUAAAAUCUAAUUAAUUUCUGUGAUGCAAAUCUGAAUUUUCAGCAUUAUUAUCAGUUUUCAGUUUCAGGUAUCUGGUUGCAGUUAUCUGUUUUCAGUUUCAGUGAUCACUUUUCAGCAUCACAUGAUUGAGAAAUCAUACUAAUAUGCAGAUCUUAUGUUCAGUUAUUUAUUAUUGGGGUAUAAGACCUUUUAUAAACAGUUUUCACUUUACUUUUCAUUAGGUAAAUGUAGCCUUUGUGAGCAGAACAGGCUUUUGCAAGCAGUUUAUGCAUUUGUGUCAUGCAUUUGUGUUUCUCAGUUUGGAUGAAUAAGUGUGUUUGUUUGAGAGAAGAGCUGAUGAGAUCAUGGCUUUUACUUGUGUUAUUUUAGUUUUUUACAUUUCCACUACAUCACAACUUCCAUUAUGUGUUACUGCAAUAUCUGGGUGUUGAACGGGGGAACUUUUUAAGCUGCAUUAAGACUGCUUUCAUUAUAGCUAUUUUAUUAUUAUUAUUAUCACCGCUCAAUAUAGUUUAUUCAGAGCUCAGAUAAGAUUGGCCUGGCUGAAAGGGGCAAUAUUGAUAAAUCCAAAGAUUGUUUUAUUUCUGUGUGUAUGUGCGCGUUUCUCUUUUUUACUGGGUUUGUGUAUGUAUCGGUUAUCUGAAUGAGGUGUGUUUGCUGUCUUUAUUUACCGUUUGAAUGAGUAUAUCAACAGUGCUGUCUUUUCUCUGUACAGUGAAACACCUGUAUUCUCUACCUCUUUUACAAUAAAGACUGUCUGUGUACACAUUCAA